CAGCCCUGGCUUUUGUCAGGCUUUUUGUCUUAGCCAAAUGCGGUCACACCCCAUACACAACUGCAGUGCCGCGCGGGGCGGGGCGUUUUUCGUGAAAAUUUACGCACGAAAUUUUCCGUAGUUUUUCCCCCAAAAAUAGUACACCAUUUGUUUAUUUUGUUUUGUUUUUUCUGUUCAAUUGCACACACGACUGAAGAAUCAAGUUAAAUAGUAGAAGUAGUGUACGCGACAGCUUAUAUGAAAAUGCAGUGCAAUUGUGUUUAAGGAAAUCCCGUUCGCAUGGCUGGAAAGUGUUAAACAAAAUUAUAGCCAAACAAAAUGCAGCAGCAGAAGCAGCAACAAACAGGCUGACUAACGCCGCAAAAAGAAGGAAUAGAAAAGAAACCACAUACUUACGCGUGGAAAAGGGAGUAGGAAAACACACAGGCGGAUAAAGAGGAGUAGUACCAGGAAAACACAUGCAAGAAGAGUAGCAUAGCAGGAGGAAACACUCUGGGAAAACGGAGUAGUAAAAGGAACACACUUCACACAUACAAAUACUCGUUGGAAAAAAGAGGAGCCCAAGGAGGAAAAGCCAAGAAAGAGGCAACAAAACACAAACGCAACUUGCAAUUGGAAUUGAUAUUCGAAAUUGGAGUGGGAAGUGGAAAAGGAGUGGGAAGUGCAAGUGUUGUGGGAAGUCGGAAAAGGAGUGUAGGAUUGAGGAGUGGAGCGAGACGUAGGCAAAGGAGUGUGAGGGGAAGUGUAUUGUGCAAUUGGGCAGCAUAUUCAACAAUAAGAGUGUGUUUGCCAGAGCGAGAUAGAGCCAGAGAAUUGCAUGUGUGUGCGUGUGUGCAUGUGUGGGUGUAGUUGUUGUCUCUCCCCAGUGCAUAAACUGUGCUCGUGCUCGUGCUCCAUUCGGCUUCUUCGCCCACGCACUUACCCGAAGCGAAGUGAUAGAGAGAGAGAGGGAGCAAGAGGAAGGCCCAGGAAGAGCGGGUUUGAAGAAACAAGAAACUGCAUCAAAAGCGAAAUGCAAAUCGAGCCGACCAACGGUUAACGCGACUCGAAUUUGCUUAAAUUACGACGAAUAAGUGUAAAACAAAACGAAGAAACCUGCUUCUCCUUUUCAAUUGCAUUUCUUCAAAAAUUUGUGUGCAAUAUAAAAAAAAACUCCAGCGAUCGCACAAAAGGCGCACACUGAGAGACCAGAGCAGAGUAACCAGAGAGUGACACAGAGAGAGAGAGAGAGAUAGAGAGCAGUGACAGCAGACAAAGAGAGCACACUCGCUCGCUUUUACAGCUGCAGUGCCCUGCUCGUAGUCCUACAUAUAAUACCACCCGCGCUCCCGACCGACCCCACUCCCUUCUUUUGGUAAUAUGGAUUUUGGCGGUCUGGCAGCACAACAACAACUAUUACAGCAACAUUUACUACAACAACAACAGUUACAUCUGCAACAACAGCAACAAAAUCUUGAGGAAACAACAACAAUAACCAAUAUAAACCUCAGGGGAAUCUUGGUUGGCGGCAGUGCCGGCGGCGGAGGAGGAGCGACGACAAGCACGGGCUGUGCUGGUGGCGGGGAUUGUGGAGUUGGUGGUGUAGUUGUAGGCGGCGCUGGUGCUGGCACUGGCGGCGUCAAACUGCGAAAGAACAGCGACCGUCCCCUAACGAAGACGACGACGACGACGACGACGACGGCGGAGGAGGAGGCUGCCACCAGGCAACAGUCGCAGUCGCACACGUACCGCAUCUCCAUGGCCAACCUGGAGGACACACAGGAGUCCGAACUGGAUCAGAUCUUGGGGGAGCUGAGCCUGCUGGAGGCGCAGAUAAGCUAUGGCGAGGCAUCGUUUCUGCCUGGCGCUGGAUCAGCAUCGGGAACGGGAACGGGAACAGGAGCAUCGAUUGCAGGACAUGCUCCUGGAGGAGGAGGAGGGGGAGGAGUAGCCGCCGCCACCACAGUGAUGAUGCCGCCCUCGAUUAUGUCCUCGGCUGCCUCAUCGCGCUCCCAUUCGCGCACAAACAGCAGCAUCUCUGCGGAUGUGAGCACCUGCUCGUCUUCGGGCAUAUCCGAGGGUGGUGCGGGGCCAUUGGGUGGAUCUACUGGAUCGGGCGGAUCCAUCGCCUCCUCGGUGAUGGCUGGCGGCAUGAUGAUGAUGCCUCAUCAGCCGCCCACAAACAUAACCAUGGGCAUCACGCUGGGCGUGGUCACGCACCGAGAGCCACGCACCGAAUCGCCGGACAAUGAUUCGGCCUUCAGCGACACCGUUUCGCUGCUGUCCAGCGAGUCGUCGGCCUCGUCCAACACCUCCAUGCAGCAGCAACAGUUGCAACAGCAGCAGCAACAGCAGCAGCAGCAGCAACAGCAGCAGCAGCAACAACAGUUGCAACAGCAGCAGCUCGUGGCCCAGAAGCGGCAGGGAGGCGGCGGCAACAGCAGCUCAAAGGCGGCCAAAAUCCAGCUGGCGCUGCACAAACUGGAGAGCGCCUCCAUACGACGGCUCUUUGUGAAGGCCUUCACGGUGGACGGGGCCUCCAAGUCGCUGCUGGUGGACGAGCGGAUGGUCUGCGGUCAUGUCACACGGCUCCUGGCCGACAAGAACCACGUUCAGAUGCAGCCAAAUUGGUCGCUGGUCGAGCACCUGGGAGACUUGCAAAUGGAACGCCUUUUCGAGGAUCACGAGCUGCUGGUGGACAAUCUGAUGGCCUGGAACUCAGACGCCGGCAAUCGUGUGCUCUUCCAGCAGCGCCAGGACAAGGUGGCUCUAUUCUCGCGGCCCGAAGUGUAUCUGCCGGGGCCACAGAUGGCGCCCGGUUGCCAGCACGACGACCAGACACGGCACAUGCUGCUCGACGAGUUCUUUGAGACGCAUGCCGCCCAGCUGCAGCUGGACGGGCCGCUCUACAUGAAGGCGGACCCCAAGAAGGGCUGGAAGCGGUAUCAUUUCGUGCUGCGCUCCUCGGGCCUCUACUAUUUCCCGAAGGAGAAGACCAAGAACACCAGAGACCUCGCCUGUCUCACCCUCUUCAGCGGCCACAAUGUGUACACGGGUCUGGGGUGGCGCAAGAAAUGGAAGUCCCCGACGGACUACACCUUUGGCUUCAAGUCCGCCGUCGACUCGUCGCUGGGCAAGUCCUGUCGCUCGCUGAAAAUGCUCUGCGCCGAGGAUCUGCAGACGCUGGACCGCUGGCUGACGGCCAUCAGGAUCUGUAAAUAUGGCAAGCAGCUGUGGCACAAUCACAAGCUCCUCAUCGAGGACCUCUGCAUGGGGGACGGCGUCUCGCAGUCGAGCUUCGCCUCGGCCUCGAUGCGCAGCAGCGAGUCCAUAUCGAGCAUCUCCUCGGCGGUGCCCUCGCAAUGCGGCAGCGUCUCCUCGGCGAUCAGCAGCAUGUCCAUGUCGAACUCCUCGAACAGCGGCCGCACCUCGCGCGCCUCCAGCUCCAGCUCGAGCGGUUGCCUGUCGGACGACAACAAUGGCUUCGAUUCGGAGUUUACGACCGGCACCAUCAAGCGGAAGCCCUCGAUGAAGCCCAAUCUGCCGCUCACCACGAUGACGCGCCAGCUGAAGGAGGUCGGAGAGAUCACCAUCUGCGAGAGCGGCGGCGGUGGGUGUGCCGGUGAGGCCAGCUCUCCGGAGCGCAGUGGCACCCUGACGCGACGCCACAGUCGUCGGAAGUCGCAGGAGAGCAACGGAAGCGGCACCCUCAAGCGACGGCCCGUUGUAGUCCCAUCAUCGGUGACUGUCAAGCAGCAGCAGCAGCAGGAGCAGGGCAGUGCCUCGUCGACAUCGUCGAGCAGCAACUCAACGCCGACGCCAACGCCCAGCAUUUGCGCUGCCAAGGCGCUGCCACUGCCGCUGCCGCUGCCGCCACCAACCACAUUGAAUCUCGGCGAUGCCUCAUCCAGCGAUGCCUCACUGAUGUGUUCCUCCACUCUAUCGCUCGAUUCGCUGCCACCGCCACCGCCGCCGUUGUCGGCGCACGGUCUGGACGGUGCCGACGACCAGGACGUGUACGGAUCGCAGUUGUCGUUGGCCUCGUUGCCGCCACCGCCGCCGCCCGAGGAUGUGAUGGUGAUGCAUGCCAUGGCCUAUGCAUCCGCCGGACCAGCGCCGCCACAGGGGCAGGUGUCUAGCCCUACCACGCCCACGCCCACGUCCACGCAGCAGGGAAUGAUGAUGCCCACGAUGGGUAUGGGAAUGGGAAUCAUGCCCAACAGCAACGGAUCCCUGCCGCCGGCAGUGCCGGCCAAGCCGAUCAAACCGGCGGUGAAGCAGGCCUCCCUGAAGGCAGCGCCACCGUACAAGGCGCCGCCCGACUACGUGGGACCGCAGAGCGGCAUCGGUGUAGGACCUCCGCCUGCACUGCCGCCACCCGCGCCCCAGAAGAAGGUCUCCUUUGCCGACUCGCCGGUGCUGCUGCGGCGAAAGAUGUGCUCCCCAGAGCCGGUGCUGCCGCAGCGAUCGCCCAGCACCACGCUCAGUACGGGAUCCGGAUCUGGAUCGGGGUCGGCGUACCAGCAGUACGCGCCCGGACCGAUGCUGCCGCCGCGCACAGAUCUGGCGCGUCUCUCGGCCCAGAGCAAUGGCAGCGGCAGCUGCUGCGAAGUGACAUCGCCCAAGCGGCUGCAGGAGUCCUCCUCGAAUCCGCCGCGUGACUUUCUCAAGGAUCUGCAGCGGGUGAUGCGCAAAAAGUGGCAGGUGGCGCAAAAGUGCAAGCUAGAGCCGGCCACAACGCCGCACGAGGUGCUGGGCUUCAGGGACUUCAGCAACGAGGACCUGCUGGCCGCCCACAAUCUCAAUUCGGGGGCCAACUCCUCGCACUAUUAUCGCGAGACGGCGAAUGUCAGCCACUGGGUGCGGGAGCACUACGAGUACGCGCACAAUGCCCUCUACGAGAACGUGCACGCCCAGACGAACGGAUCGGGAUCGGGCGUUGGGGGGCCAUCGAAUCUAGGUCCAGGUGGAAUGGCCACAGACGGUGCUGCAGCUGUUGCGGCUGCUGGCGGCAUGCCAGCGCCAGUGGUGGCACCGCCAGGGAUGGGUGUGCCACCCAAGAAGCGUCCGCCGCCGCCGCCACCCAAGCGGAGCGACAAAACGCACCUGACGACCAAUCGAGUGUAGGAGUGUGGUGCGAUCCUGCCAUCCAGCAGGCGCCGUUGCUGCUGCAGGAUGCAGUAGGAUGGGAGCAGAGUAGAGUAGAGACACACACUUGGGAUGGCCCGGAUCGGAUCGGAAACACCUUUUUCUUUGUUGUACUUGAAACCAGAAGAGAGAAUCAAAUGCGAAUACAAAUACAAAUUCCUAUUUAAGUCUUAGGCGGAAACAAUGGAAUGUGUCCCUAGAAACGAUCCACACACACACACACACACACACACUAACUAUAGAUACUAUAUAUGUAUAUCCUGCGAGUAUAUGGCGUAUAUGUAUCUGCUAAUUCUCUUACACAAGUAUUAUGUAUAUCGAAAGGGAGCGAAACGCAGGAUCUUAAUUCUUAAAUCUUAAAUCACUCGAAUGCGCCGAUUCAUUUUAGGAAAUAUACAUAUAUUUUUAAGCUAAAUUUUAGAUUGUAAAAAAAGCGAUAAAGGUGUAAUAUGUAUUUUUUUUUUGUGUAAACAAUAGUGCAUUAUCUUAAAAAAAAAGAAACGAGAAUCGAUGUAGAUCUAAUUAGCGUCUGAGAUAAGUGUAAAAUGUUUUUAUAUGCUAUUAUGCCUGUUUAAGAUUUUUUAUUUAUUAUUUUAUUAUUUUUUUUAUAGUUUUUUUUUUUUUUUAAUUUUAUAUUUGCAAGCGCAUCAAAUGCGUGGCUCAGGCCGAAGAAAAUGGGAAAUCGAACCGUAUAAACCGGAAGCCCUACAAUACAAUGCGUAUUAUAUGACUAUAUAGAUCUAUAUAUAUUUAAUGUAAAUUUGUUUGAACUCAAAAUUCCCCCAAAAACAACUGUACGCGUUUCCCCUAAAGAAUCGAGUAACUAUAACUAUAGUAUAGUAUUUCCUUUGGCCCUUUAGAGUCUAUAGAAUCCAAAAAUCAUUAUCAAAAAUGGAAAUUCAUGAUGUUAGUGAAUUUCCUCAUGACAGUUGACCUUUAAACGCAGAAAUCGUCAUUCAAUGAGUGAUUAUUUCUAUGAAUCCCUUUAGAAUCCAUAGUCCUAUAUGGAUUGUACUUAUUUUGACUCAAAUCAUCAGAUCAGAGAGAAACCCUCUCGAAUGGAGGAUAUAUAUAUGAAAUAUAUAGUAUAUUGCGCAUUGGUAUGGGUAAAUCCAACUAGUUUUUAAUGAAAACGCAUCGCAUUGAGCGUCGUCUAUAUAGAGUUAUUUCUGUACACAAAUCAAAUAUUGUAUUUCAUCUAGUACUUGUAAUUGUAAUUGUAAUAAUAUAAUGUAUUAAUUAAUUAAUUGAUUAUUGUUUUCCUAGAAUAUUCUGAUUUUUAAACAUUUUGUAAGGCGCGUUCCUAAUGGUUCAAUAUCAUAUGCAUAUGCAUAUGUAUAUAUAUAUAUAUAUGUGUAUGUGUAUAUGUAUUUUAUAUAUGUAUGUGUGUGUUGUAUUUGUUCAUAUAACAUUUAAGGGGGUGGGGGGGGGAGAUAGAUAUAUGUAUAGGGUUUUUUUUAUGUUAUCCCCGAAGUGCAGAAAUCAAAAGAAAUCAAACAAAAGAAUCCCCAGCAGAGAUCCAAUCAACAGUAAUCAAAACUCGCCAAUCGAUUAUCGAUAGCUGUAGUCAAUUGCCACCUAUCGAUCUCCUAUCGAUUGUAGCCGCCCGAUAAUGUUUUUCAGUGUUGUUUUUUUUUUAUAGUAACUUGAUUGCCAUUUUUUGUGUUUUGUUUUGUCGGCGAAAGCCAUCUAUAAAGAUAUGUAUUGUGUGUACAAUGGAAAUCGGCUUAAGCAUAAGUACAGUGCGGCACACAGCUAUAAAGAUCAGUGCCCCCUACCACACACACACGCGGCUCUUGGGUUCCGUUCCGAUAACGAUUAACGAUUAACGAAAGCAUUAGCCUAGACGAUGAUUAAGAGUUUGCAUUUGACUUUCCUAUCCUAUGCAGAACUAAAUGGUAUUAUGCAUAUAGAGCUCUACGGAUUACUACGAUAUAUACCUACCUAUACUUAAAACUAAAGGAAAUGCCAAUUUUUUAAGCUUGAUAUUUAUACGAACAUACGAAUAUAUGAAGAUAUUUUUUAGAAACUAUACGCCAUAUGUAUAUAUACAAAAUAUGCAUAUAUAUAUAUAUAUGUGGUGGGAACACAAGGAUGUGCCAUAGGCGCCGUCGUCGUGAAUGUUUUUUGCUAAAUAAAUGUACUAAAAACCGAAAUUAGAGCGUAAGAAACAGAAAUCAAAGCUAAAAGAAUAUUUAUAAAUAUAUAUGAUAGGGGUACUAGAUAUAUAUAUAUAUAUAUAUAUAUAGCGAUUAAAGGCAAAGGAAUGUGGAAUCUAGAAACCUACACGAAAAAAAAGCUUCAACUAAAAGCAUUUUAACAUGCAUUUUCAUUUGCCAUUUUGUUUUGUACUUUACUUGUUUUCCCUUUACCCUUUUGCCUUUUGCCUUUGUUUUGUGCUUAAAUAAAAAUCAAUUUUAAUGUUUAACGAAAAGAACGGAAGGGAAUUUAGGUAAAUAAGACGUGUGGGAAGGCAGAAGGCAGAGUACAGAGAGCAGAAUCCUAACUAAAAUAUCUACUAAGAAAAUCAAACAAAACUCAAACUGCAAGCAAACAAAAACAACAACACACUCGACUACAACACACACAGAAAAACAAACAACUCAUAAAUACGAUUAUUGUAACGCCGCAAAAAAAAACCAAAACAAAAAACAUUCAAACAUCAUUCAUAUAUUGUAUGCAUUAACUACAAAUUUACAACAACAAAAUAACUACCAUUCAAGCAAACAAAAUAAUAAUUAACAAAAAUACUGAAUGUAAAACAAAAACAAAAACAAACAAAAGAGAAGGAAAUGAAAAGCCCAAGAAAUUCUUUGCAGGUCUAUUAUAUAGUGAACAAUGUUGCCAUUUGAUACGAUUUUUUCCCCACAAAAAAAACCACACACACAUUUGAUAUAUAUAUAUAUAUUACAAUAUAUACCUUAUAUUCCGAAAUCGAAAGGGAAUUUUUUGUAAUUUUGAUAGAAACAUUCAAAACAUAUAAAAAAAAGUAAAAGUAAAACAAACAAAAAGAAAAAGAUAAGAACCGUGCGAGGGGAAAUCGAGUGUUACGAGAACUAUAAGAAAUAAAUGCGAGAAAUGCCUAAGAAAAAUCGAAACAAAAAAUCAAAGU